AUGAAAGCUACUGUUUCUGCACCGGUCGAAGAUGAGGUAUUUCUAAUUCUUUUUCUGAUUAUUGUGGCGUUGGUGGUCGCCCUGCUGCUACUUUUUGGCGCAUAUCGUGGUAUCCGAAAUUUGCUUGGACAUGGUGGUUAUCAUAUCAGCGAUGAAGGUUUGCUGAACAGUUCUGGAAAAAUUAGAAGAUAG